AUGGAGCUUCUCGAGCUCCCAAUGCAGCCGGUUGAGGGACUACCGGAGAAUUGCGAGGCCACCAUGGAUAUCCAGAAAGCGCAGACGCCGUUCCUCAAGAAAGCGCACGACAUGCUAGCCGAGCCAUUCGAGCAUCUGCUCCAGAUGGCAGUGCCAAUGCCGGAUUUGAUAAUUGUUGACUUUGCUGCAUACCGGAUUUCGGAAGUUGCGGCCAAGUAUGGCGUGAGCACCGCGUUUUUCAGCGUGUACACGGCUUCCACGCUGGAUUACUUGGGGUCAACGGCUGAGCUCAAGGAUGGGAAGCAACGCCCAAGUCCUGAACGCCACACCAAGCCACCGGAUCGGAUGAUGCGCAACACGCAUGUACCUGAUGUAUCGGGCGUGUCCAGCGGCCAACGUUUGGCGAAGGUUGUUGAGGAAAGCAGCUUUGUUUUGGUGAGGAGCUGCGAAGAGUUCGAGGGAAAUUACUUAAAUCUAAUACGAGAACUAUAUCAGAAGCCGGUUUUACCUAUUGGAUUACUCCCUCCGUUGACAGAAGAGAGCGAACACGUAUCCAUUGACUCUAGCUGGGCCAGCACCUGCAAAUGGCUAGAUGGGAAAGAACCCAAGUCAGUAUUGUUCGUAGGGUUCGGGAGCGAGUACAAGAUGGCCCUCGAGGAAAUACACGAACUGGCAUUUUCAAUUGAGCUUUCAAGGUUACCUUUCCUCUGGAUUCUGAGGAAGCCACAAGGUGUGGAUAGUUCAGAUUUACUGCCUCCUGGUUUUGCCCACCGUACGCAGAGCCAGGGUCUCGUUGUUCUCGGUUGGUCACCUCAACAAAGAAUACUCGCCCAUCCAGCAAUCGGGGGAUGUUUCUUCCAUUCGGGCUGGGGAACUUGUGUCGAAUCUCUUGCUCAUGGGCACCCACUAAUUCUUCUCCCCUUCGUAUCAGACCAAGGACUCACUGCUAAGCUGAUAGCAGAAAACCAAGCUGGAUACGAGGUCCCCAGGAACGAAGAUGGUUCGUUUAGUAGGGACGUGGUUGCUGAAUCCAUAAGACGAGUUCUUGUUGAAGAAGAAGGCGAGCAGUUGAGGCUGAAGGCUGCAGAGCUGCAAAGUAUCUUUGGCAAUCAUCAGAGUCAAGAUAAUUAUAUAAACAAAUUCAUCGACCAUCUGAAAAACACCGUGAUAAAGAAGCAAGUGUAA